AUGGGGCAGGAGGAGGAGGCGCAGUCGCUGGCGCUCACGCCGACGUGGGUGGUCGCCUCCGUCUGCCUCGUCAUCGUCGCCAUCUCCCUCGCCGCCGAGCGCCUGCUCCACCGCCUCGGCAAGGUGCUCAAAUUCAAUGGCCAAGAAGCACUAUUUUCAGCCUUGCAAAGAGUCAAAGAAGAGUUGAUGAUUCUGGGUUUCAUUUCCUUCCUACUAAGCGUCUGCCAAAAUCUCAUCAAUCGCAUUUGCAUCCCGGAGAGUGCUGCACGUGUCAUGCUUCCAUGCAUUGAAGAGUCCAAAGCCAGAGAAGAUGCUGCCAAACUCUGCAAGAGAAAGGGUGAAGUUCCCAUGCUAUCUGAAGAGGCUCUGCAUCAGCUGCACAUCUUUAUCUUUGUACUUGGUGUGGUGCAUGUUCUGUUCUGUGUUACAACGCUGUUACUUGGUGGAGCUAAGAUGAGAACGUGGAAUAAAUGGGAGAAAGAAAUUCAACAAGGAAGAAUCAAGGAGCGUGAAAAGACGCCAGGCUGGAUGAAACCAUCUGCUGUAAGAUGGAUUAUUGCAUUCUUCAAGCAGUUUUAUAAUUCUGUCGGUAAACCAGAUUAUCAAGUACUCAGAUCAGCUUUUGUUCUGCGCCACUACCCAAAUCGCCUAGACUUUGAUUUCCACAAGUACAUGGUUCGUGCCCUCGAGCAUGACUUCAAAGAAGUGGUUGGAAUCAGCUGGUACCUAUGGCUUUUCGUUAUCGUCUUCCUGCUGCUGAAUAUAAAUGGGUGGCACACUUAUUUCUGGCUGUCUUUCUUGCCCUUGAUUCUUCUGCUUAUUGUUGGCACUAAGCUGGAGCACAUCAGCACUCGAUUGGCUCAAGAAGCAGCGGAGUGUUCCGAUGAAGCAUCAGGAAACCCCUGGACGAAGCCAUGCAAGGAGCACUUUUGGUUUAGCCAUCCUAGGGCUGUCCUCCAUCUGAUCCAUUUCAUCUUGUUCCAGAACUCGUUUGAGAUGGCAUUUUUCUUCUGGGUCUUGGCAACAUAUGGGUUCGAUUCAUGCAUCAUGGAGAACAGAUCAUAUGCCCUCCCCAGACUUGCUAUUGGCAUCAUCGUUCAGGUGCUCUGCAGCUACAGCACCCUGCCGCUGUACGCCAUUGUCACCCACAUGGGCGGCGACAUCAAGCUGCAGGCGUUCGGCGAGCACGUACACGUGUCCGUGCACAGCUGGGCGACGGACGUGAAGAAGAAGGCGACGUCGCUGCCGGCCCAUCCGCACCCGCACCAGCACCAGCACCCGCACUCGCACCUCCGGAUCCCGUUUCUCAGCAAGAAGAGGCACAGCGGUCGCGGCCCCGCAACUGAGGAGGCCGCAGCGGAGGCGAGGGCGACGGAGCAGCGCGCCGGGAGCUCCAGCACGCCCAACGCACCGCCGCAGCAGCGGGCCGACGACCUAGAGGAGAUCGUGACGACCACGGAGGACGACCAUCGUCGUCGCAACGCCAGUUUCUCGUAG